UCAUUUAUAUAUGAAAUCCAUUACAUUGUCUAUCUGAACGGAAUUGUAUAUUCUUUCACUAGCUAUACCUAAUCGGUCUUCCCGCUUUUUGUAUCAAACUGUUAGCUAGCUGAACGUUGGCUACAAAGCUAGCUAGCUUGUUGAUCCGCUAUACCACAUACAUUAGCCUAAAAACAAUAACUUACACUAACAUCACGUCUAAAUAAUGUACUGGAUGGAGUGGUUUUCAGAUUACUUCCCAACUACAAAAUAGCUUUCCAAAUGGCUUGUCUACGAUUUGCCUUCAAACGUGUCCAUACAAAAUCCAACUUUCGACAUGUUAGCUAACUAAGCAGUGGUAGCUGCUAGCUAAUAUUGCUAACGCCAACGACAGCUUGUUCAUUGUAGUCCAGUUGUUCGCCCUGGUGAUACGUUAUACUUUUUGCCAUAUAUAAAUACGUUAUCCCAGUGUUAUAAAUAUCACGUUAUUUUUCAUUUUAAUCGAGCAAAUUACUCCGGCAUUUCCCCCUGACCGCUCUCGGAAGUCUGUAGACAACACUAAACUUAGCCAGGAUUUCCGGCUCCUUUGCGAUUGCCCCUCUGCUGUUUUGUUUCCGUUUCUUCCAUUUCCGUUUUAAAGUUUUCCAGAUUCUAAGUUUCAGAGUAUAUUUAAAUCGUCAUUUAAAUCAGUUAUUCAUUGAAUUGUGUUUCUUACAGUCAGUAUAAAUUGUGUAUUUCAUGAGACAGACCCCCGUUUUGCGCGUGCCUCGCCCCUCACGUAACAUCGCUGAAAAAUAUGCUGGAUAGCUAGCAUUGUAUUGCUACAGUAUUGUACAGCUACGCUACACGUAUAAUUAACAUUAUUACCGAUAUAUCUUCGAAGUGUUUGCUUUCAGAGGAGUUAAAAUUGAUCAAGUUUAUGUAAUGAUUUAUCAACUAAUGGCCCACAGUACGGCCUAUGCUUUGGAGAGGCCUCGCCCUCGCGUUAGUACUUUAGCUCGCACAUAACUCUCUGCCGCCCAAUGAGAAACCGAGGCUCCCUCAACUGGGUGAUUCUCAUGAAUCCAGUUUUAAAAUGUCUAGCAAAUUGACUUACAAAACCAUGAUUCAUCUUCAAAAAUCAAGUUUCAUUCUGAGGACUAGAUGUCUAGAUUUUGGAAAGUGUCUUAUAUUAAAUAAAUGUUACAUUUUACCUGUAUUUUGUAAAUUAUCACCCCAAAUUCUCAUUGCUGAAAUGCGUCUGGAUUAAAUUCUUUAGAAAAAACGUAUUUAUUUGAAUAAAACCCCAAAUAUAUUGCAGUAGUUUGUCCAUAAAUCAUAAAAAUGUUACACUAGUUGAAGUUUACAUGACACUACUAUUUAUUGCAUGCAAACCGUAUUUGUGGACAUGUCUCAUUACAUAACACUUUUUAAAGUAAAGCUUUAUGAUGCAUCAUCUAGAGGAGUAGUCCUUAGAUGAGCACAAGUUUUAAGUGAAUAUAUAUGCUUAUAUGCCUUCAGAAUGAGGUUAUUAUUCUCACCCCACUUGGCCUUCUCAUUACUGAAACAGCUAAAGAGCUAAUGUCCAGUGUUAUGCUUUACUCAGGCCUUGUCAUUAGGUGAGCAAUGUUGACAAAUAUUUGAAUAUUGAUUUGUUUUUAACUUUUUUGGACUUCAAAUUUUUUUUACGGUAAUGAUCAUUUUGCGAUUUAAUUUUUUUGGGAAAUGCAUAAUAUCUGACCAAAAACAUAAUAAUUCUGAAAUAGAUAAAUACGGAUCCUAAUCUCAGUGUUUCAAGAAAUUUAGUGAAAAAUAAUAGUUUGAAUCUUGGGGUACAGCAAUGUCUAAAAGUGAGACAGAGGAGAUGAUAGAGAUUGAGAUCGACGGACAGGAGAAACAGGAGUGCCUGGAGGAGGGGGUUGAGGAGCAGACCAUUACAUCAGCCGAUCUGAUCCAACAGGACAUCGACAUCAAUGAGCCAAUCGGUAACCUGAAGAAGCUCCUGGAGCCCCGUAUCCAGAUGUCAUUGGAUGGAUAUGAAAUCUGUCUACAGGACAUCCAGCUGCAUCCAGACCACAGCCUCUUUGAUCAAGGAGUGAAGACAGACGGCACAGUGCAACUCAGUCUACAGAUCAUCACCAAGCCAGGCGAGGAGAAGCUGAACAUCCUGGAGAUCGUGAAGCCGGUGGAGACGGUGGAGGUGGUGAUCGACCCGGAUGCGGCAGGGGAGGAGGGCACCCUGAUGGAGGAGGGCCAGCUGAUUGCUGUGGAGCACUCCUCCCUGUCAGAUGACACCUCGGAGCAGGUGACACGCUGGGCCGCCGCCCUAGAGGGCUACCGCAAGGAACAGGUCCGUCUGGGGAUUCCCUACGACCCAGAACAGUGGACGGCGGACCAGGUGAUCCACUGGGCCGUGUGGGUGAUGAAGGAGUUCAGCAUUGACGAGAUGGAGGUGGGAGGGAUUCACAUCCCGGGUCGCGACCUCUGCUCCUUCACCCAGGAAGAGUUCUUGCAGAGGGUCCCCAGUGGAGAGAUCCUCUGGAGCCACUUGGAGCUGCUCCGCAAGUAUGUGUUGGCCAGUCAGGACCAGUCUGGCCAGGAGGCCACAGUCACCAUUGACCAACAAGUCCAGAUCAUCCCAGCUGCCGUGCAAACCACAUCCACCACUAUCAAGGUACUGAAGCAGAACCGCGGCCCCAGGACACCCCGCAUCACAGGAGGAGAGGAGCGCAGCUCACCUGGCAACCGCACAGGUAACAACGGUCAGAUCCAGCUGUGGCAGUUCCUGUUGGAGCUGUUGACGGAUAAGGAUGCUAGAGACUGUAUCUCCUGGGUGGGAGAGGAGGGAGAGUUCAAACUCAACCAGCCUGAACUGGUGGCCCAGAAAUGGGGCCAACGCAAGAACAAGCCCACCAUGAACUAUGAGAAACUCAGCCGAGCGCUCAGGUAUUACUACGACGGGGACAUGAUCAGCAAGGUGCAGGGCAAGCGCUUCGUCUACAAGUUUGUGUGCGACCUGAGGACUUUGAUUGGCUACAGCGCUGCCGAGCUCAACAACCUGGUGACGGAGUGUGAGCAGAAGAAGCUGGCCCGCAUUCAGCUGCACGGGAUUGGCCAGCCCAUCACCACGGUGACACUGGCCACCUCAGCACAGGACAGCUGAGGGGGGAGGGGCAUGGGGCUGCCCCAGGUAGAAGUUGCCCAUUGGCACAAAUCUAGGAUCAGAUUACUGUGACCUGCCCUAAGCUUUACCAUUAAUAGGUGGAAAUGAUGAACAGACAUUAGAUCCAUGUCUAUGGGCAACUUCGUCCUCCUUUUGGUUUGAUUGGGAGGUUGUUUUCUUAUUUUAACCAGGGAAGAGAUGCUUGUUGGAGGGAGUGUGUAUAUGAGUGUCUGAGAGGGGGAGUGUGUGUAUAUGAGUGUCUGAGAGGGGGAGUGUGUGUAUAUGAGUGUCUGAGAGGGGGAGUGUGUGUAUAUGAGUGUCUGAGAGGGGGAGUGUGUGUAUA